AUGGGCAAGGUCGCGGUGGGAGCUGCCGUUGUCUGCGCCGCUGCCGUUUGCGCCGCGGCGGCGCUGGUGGUGCGCCACCGCAUGAUUAGUUCCCGCAAGUGGAGUCGUGCCAUGGCGAUACUGAAAGAGUUCGAGGAAAAGUGUGGGACCCCAAUUGGGAAGCUUAGACAAGUGGCCGACGCCAUGAAUGUUGAGAUGCACGCAGGUCUCGCAUCUGAAGGUGGUAGCAAGCUCAAUAUGUUGAUCAGUUUCGUCGAUAAUCUCCCAACUGGGGAUGAGGAAGGACUCUAUUAUGCACUGGACCUUGGUGGCACGAACUUUCGUGUCCUUCGUGUACAUUUAGGUGGUAAAGACAAAGGUGUUAUUGGCCAGGAGUUUGCAGAAGUUUCAAUUCCUCCACAUUUGAUGACUGGUUCUUCAGAGGCAUUAUUUGAUUUUAUAGCAUCAGCUCUUGCCAAGUUUGUUGCUUCAGAGCCCGAAGGUUUUCAUCCUCCCCAUGGAAGACAAAGAGAACUGGGUUUUACAUUCUCAUUUCCAGUUGGUGCAGAUGUGGUGGGAGAACUAACCAAGUCCAUGGAAAAAAUUGGGCUGGAUAUGCGAGUUGCUGCUCUAGUUAAUGAUACCAUUGGAACAUUAGCUGGAGGAAGAUUCUACAAUCAGGAUGUAAUUGCUGCUGUGAUUCUUGGUACUGGGACAAAUGCAGCAUAUGUAGAACGUGCACAUGCUAUUCCAAAAUGGCACGGCCUUAUACCAAAGUCGGGAGAUAUGGUUAUAAACAUGGAGUGGGGUAAUUUCCGAUCAUCACAUCUUUCUCUAACAGAAUAUGAUCUAGCUCUUGAUGCUGAGAGUUUAAACCCUGGAGAACAGGCUUUUGAGAAAUUGAUUUCUGGCAUGUACUUGGGGGAGAUUUUAAGGAGAGUUUUGUUGAAGAUGGCCAAAGAAGCUGACUUUUUUGGAGAUACUGUUCCCCCCAAAUUGAAAGUUCCUUUCAUACUCAGGACACCUGACAUGUCAGCCAUGCACCAUGACACAACUCCUGAUCUUAAAGUUGUUGGAAAUAAAUUAAAGGAUAUAUUGGAGAUAUCGAACACAUCCCUAAAAAUGAGGAAGAUUGUUGUGGAACUAUGUGACAAUAUUGCUACUCGCGGGGCUCGCCUUGCUGCUGCUGGUAUUUUGGGCAUCCUUAAGAAAUUAGGAAGAGACACAGCUAAGGUUGGGGAGAAGCAAAAGUCAGUGAUAGCAUUGGAUGGAGGAUUGUUUGAACACUACACUAAAUUCAGAGAAUGCUUGGAGAGUACCCUGAAGGAAUUGCUGGGAGAGGAGGCUGCUGAGACCAUUGUCAUUGAGCAUGCUAAUGAUGGCUCCGGCAUUGGUGCAGCCCUCCUGGCAGCUUCUCACUCCCAAUAUUUGGGAGUGGAAGAGUCUUAA